CAGAGCGCGCGCCACGCGCUCGGGUCGAGAGCGAGGAGACGCCGCGCGUCCUGCCGCGCCACUCUCCACAUGCCUCGACAAUGGCGCCUACUGCUGCUUCUGCUCGCCGUGCCGAGUCGGUGCGCGCUGCCGCCGCAGGACGACUCGCCCGAUCAGACGCUCUGCAGAGCCGCGCCGGAGCCGGUGGCGGAGCCUCCCUCGCGUCCGCUCCCGCCCCUUGGCGUCGAGCUGCGGCGGCGGCUGCGCUGGUUCCUCACCCACUAUCGCCUCACCGCCUUCACCUCUGAGCUGGGCGAGUCGCUGCGCCCGGUCGUGGCGUCGGCAUGGGUGAGCGCCUCGUAUCUCGUCUCGUGGCUCUACGUGACGCUGGACGUCGUCAUCCACGGCUUCGAGGUGCACGAUCUCACGCCGUCGGCCCGCGCCGUUCGGCGCGCCGUGCUGCACGCCUCCACCUUCCAGGCGGUGGCGACGAUGCUGCUGCCUGCCGCGUUCAUCCACUCGGUCGUGCACGCGGCGCAGCACGUGCUCCUCCACGCGAGGCUCGGCUACGCGUCCCCGCCCCACCUCCUCGGCUGGCGGCGCUGGGUGCCGACCGGCUGCGGCAUCGCGUGCAUACCUCUGGUGCCGGUCCUGUUCGAUCACCCCGUUGAGGCGAUCGUCGACCGCGCCUUCGGAGGGCCCAGAGGGGCGCCGGCGGCCGAGCCGGCGCCCGCAGGGGCGGCGGCGGGAGGGCCGGCGGCGGGAGGGGCGCCCGAGCAGAGCUCUCCAGCUCCCGGCUAGGCCUGGCUGUUGAACCUGCUGCGAGUCUCUCUGAUUCCUUCGCGCCCUCGUAUGCGCUGUGGGCGUGUGUGUGUGUGUGUGUGUGUUUAGGCCCCCUCUGCGGUGUGUGGCGCGGAAGGAGUCGGCUGGGAGCGUGUGCGCGGGGCGAGUGUGCGCUUGGGGCCUGGCGCCGGCGGGGCGCGGCAGCGCCUGCCGGGCAGGGCAGCCGGUGCGGUUGCAGCCCGGACUGACUGGCAGUCGGGAGGAGUCAACCGCUUGGCCUUGGGCCGGCGGCGCAACGGAAGUGGCCAGUGCACACCGCACCAGGGCGGCGCUAUUGCGGUGGUACUGGUAGUGCCCGUUCUCCCAGCCCUUGUACGUGGUUAGAUAUGUAUGUAGAGAAACGGGAGAGCCCU